AUGGUGCCGCAGCCGCAGCAGGAGAUGACCCAGCCCGUGGGCGUGAUCUUGCAGGAGGCGGCAGGACGCAUGAGCAGAAGCCCCGCAGCCGCAGUUGCCCGCGCCCUGCAGCAGGGGCCGAAGCCGCUGCGGGGAUGGAAGAUGAUCAGCCCCAGGGAUCGCCACCGGAGCGCGUUCCAGUGCAGCAAGGGCCGGCUGUCCUGCAGCACCACGGAGGAGUGGUGCGCGCACAAGGAGCCCCAGUGCGUGCACGUGCGCUGCAAGUGCAUCGGCGGUGUCGCCGCGUGCCCGUACGACGAGGCGUCCAUCUUCCGGCCCAUCGGGGGCAACCAGUGCAACCUGACAGUGGCCGGCACAGCGAGGUCUCGGGCGCACCACCGCCACUACACCGCCAAGAGGGCCGCCAAGGCGGCGAAGAGGGCGGCGAAGAAGGCGGACCCUCCCGGCUUCAAGAACGACGCCUACGUGGAGCUCAGGAGCGACCCGAUGGCCGGUGGGUUCCUGCAGCAGGAGCCCGGUGGCGGGUGGUCGGUGUGGCCCCGCAUGGGAGGCAAGAGCUUCGAGGGCUUCCUCGGCUACGGCUACCAGCGGGUGCGCGCCGAGGGCGGCCGGGUCGCGAAGGACAUCGUCCCGGAGGAGUGGGACCUCGUGCAGUUCCCGGUGGCGCGCACGGGCGGGGCGGACGGGGGCGACAGCUUCUACACCGACGGCGACCGCGCCCACCGCGGCGACUACACCAACCUGGUCGGCAAGACGUUCCGCUUCACCAUCAGUGGCCUGGGCGGCCUCGACUGCGGGUGCAAUGCCAACUUCUACGCCGUCCGCAUGGGGGCGGGCUGCGACGGCUCGGGCAACAACGGCGACCUCUGCGAGGAAAUCGAUUUCUUCGAAGGCAACAAGUUCGCAUGGCACUCCACUCUCCACACGCUCGCAGACAGCGGGGAGACGGACGCAAACGGCCUGUGCACAGGCUACGGAGGGACCCUGCCCACGAAGCCCAAUUUUCCCUCCUUCGACGGCACUGAGUACGGGCCGGAUGGGACGAUGAUCGACACGGAGAAGGAUUUCCACGUGGCCGUCUCCUUCCCGAAGGGCAAGAACGGGAAGCUGAAGGGCAUGGCCGUCGAGCUGUCGCAGGAUGGCAAGCCGUCGAUGGAGCAGCCCCUGUUUAUGCACCUGUACGCCUACGAGGGCAGCCUCUACACGGAGCCAGGCGGUGGCGGCGGCCUCAAGGUGGAGAACGGCAUGGACAAGGUCGAGAGGCGCAUGAACGACGGCGUCACGAUGCUGAGCUCCCUGUGGUCCGGGGGCAUGCGCUGGCUCGACGGCGCCGCGUCCGAGCACGGGGACAACAACAUCAUGGACGGGAAGUGCACCUGGGACGGCGAGUGCGCUGGCUACACUGUCUCCGGGAUCUCCGUCGAGGACAUCCCGGAGCCCACGCCUGCGCCCGUGGAGGCCUCCCAGGCGGCGGCGGUGGAGGGCGCCACGGGCGGCUCCGGCGCGCGGCAGGAGACGCCGCCCCCGCGGCCGCGCAGGCCACUGCCGCGACCCGGCCGGCCCGCCAAGCCGCCGGCGCCGGCGCCCGGGGCCCCGCCGCCGCGGCGGCCCCCGCGGGCUUCGAGGACGACGCGUACGUGGAGCUGA